CAUUCAACCUGUCUAUGGAGCACAGCAUCCGCCGCUGGAUCCCCGGCUCACCAAAAACUUCAUCAAGGACCGCUCCAAAGCCAACGCGCUGCCUAUGAAAAGCAAGAAGGCCUCCAGCUUUCACGAGUUUGCCCGCAAUACCAGUGAUGCCUGGGACAUCGGCGAUGAUGAAGAUGAGGACUUCUCUUCCUCCUCUUCCUCUUUGCAAACUCUGAACUCUAAAGUGGCCAAGGCCACGGCAGCCCAGGUCCUGGAGAACCACAGCAAGCUGCGGGCAAAACCCGAGCGGGCCCAGUCUGCUCUCAGCGACAUGCCCACCAACUGCAAGGUCAUCAAGUCCAGCAGUGAGGCACAGCUCUCUAGGACAUCUG